AUGUCUACCGAAACUGCUUUGUCAUACGCCGCCUUAAUCUUGGCUGAUUCCGAAAUCGAAAUCACCGCUGAAAAAUUGCUCACCUUAACCAAAGCUGCCAACGUCGAAGUCGAAGGUAUCUGGGCUGACUUGUUCUCCAAGGCUUUGGAAGGUAAGGACUUGAAGGAAUUCUUCUUCAACUUCUCUGCUGCCCCAGCUGCUGGUGCUGUUGCUGGUGGUGCUGCUGCUGCCGGUGGUGACGCUGCCGGUGCAGAUGCUGCUGCUGCUGAAGAGAAGGAAGAGGAGGCUAAGGAAGAGUCAGACGACGACAUGGGAUUCGGUUUGUUCGAUUAA